AUGCAUUCUCAUAUCAGCUCCAUCACUAAUGGUGUAAAUAACGAUAGGGAGCCCCGGGACAUAGAUAUGGCAACAUUCUGCAACAUCUUUACAAAUCAAAUGUUGCAGAACAUUUUAUAUCACACAGAGCCUGAGAUGAUUUGGGCCUUGGGUUGCUGCCUCUGCCACGGCCCACGGCCCACAGCCCUUAAUGCAUUCGGUAUGCAGGCCACCUCGAUGACAUCGGGAAAUUAUGGUGACAACAUUAAUGUUAACCGUAGUGGACGGAUUUAG